AUGGACGGGGGCAAGGGACCCAGACUCAGAGACUUCCUGGGUGGGAGCCUGGCCACCUGGGCGCUGGGACUGGCUGGGCUGGUGGGAGAGGCGGAGGAGCCAGAGGGGGAAGAGGAGGAGGGAGAGGGGCCCCUCUGUUCCGAGAAGAGGUUCUUGCGACUCAGCGACGGGGCCCUGCUCCUCCGGGUGCUGGGCAUCAUUGCUCCUAGUUCCCGAGGGGGCCUACGGAUAAUCAGGGGCCAUGACAGCCCCGCAGCCCGUCGGGUGCGGAACCUGAACCUCCUGUGGGGCCGACUGAGGGACUUCUACCAGGAGGAGCUGCAGCUGCUGAUCCUGUCACCACCCCCUGACCUCCAGACACUGGGGUUUGACCCCUUCUCAGAGGAGGCCAUGGAGGAGCUGGAAGGCAUCCUUCGGCUGUUGCUGGGAGCAUCGGUGCAGUGUGAGCACCGGGAACUCUUCAUCCGGCACAUCCAGGGCCUCAGCCUGGAGGUCCAGAGUGAGCUGGCUGCUGCCAUCCAGGAGGUGACCCAGCCUGGGGCGGGCAUAGUGCUGGCACUGGCUGGGCCGGAGCUUGGGGAGCUGACACCUCCAGAGCUGGAGAUGCUGUCCCGGACCCUGAGGGGGACAUUACUGAGACUGGCACGGGAGCGUGAUAUGGGGGCCCAGCGGCUGGCUGAACUGCUGCUGGAGCGAGAACCAGCCCCUCUGUUGCCGGAGGCUCCUGCUAGGACUCCCCUGGAGGGCCCCUCCAACCACCUGGCCCUGCAGCUGGCCAACACCAAGGCCCAGUUGCGGCGCCUGCGCCAGGAGCUGGAGGAGAAGGCCGAGCUGCUGCUAGACUCCCAGGAGGAGGUGCAGGGCCUAGAGGCGGAAAUUCGAAGGCUCCGCCAGGAGGCCCAGGCGCUGUCGGGACAGGCCAAGCGGGCCGAGCUGUACCGAGAGGAGGCGGAGGCGCUGAGGGGAGAGGUGGGGCCUAGAGAGCCCCAUGGGUGUGGGGGUCAGGUGGGGAGGAGAGGAGCAUCCAACCACUGGCUCUCUGACCCUCCUUCCCCCAAGGAGGAGCGGGCGCUCUCUGGGACUCUGGAGGCCUCGAAGGCCCUGCUGGAGGAGCAGCUGGAGGCCGCUCAAGAGCGUUGUGCUCGGCUGCAUGAGACCCAGCGCGAGAACCUGCUUCUGCGGACCCGGCUGGGCGAGGCUCACGCGGAGCUAGACUCUCUGCGGCAUCAGGUGGACCAGCUGGCAGAGGAGAACGUGGAGCUGGAGCUGGAGCUUCAGCGGAGCCUGGAGCCACUCCCGGGCUCUCCUGGGGAGGCACCCCUGCCAGGAGCGGCCCCCUCGAUACAUGAUGAAGUGAGGGAGGCAGAGGCGAGGCGGCUACAGAGCCUGGAGCGGGAGAAUCAGGAGCUUCAAGCCCUGCUACAGGUGUUACAGGGGCAGCCAGGUGGCCAGCUCCCCCUGCUGGAGGAGCAGAGUGAGGACUCUGUGGUUCCAGAGCUGGCUGCAGCUCCCCAGACUCGCCUGACCUCAGACCAUGGCCCCCAGGGCUUGGUUGGCCAAACCCGUGAUGAAGACCCCCAGGUCUUGGACUUGGCUUCCCCAGCAUCAGAAUCCACCCUGGAGGGGUUAGUUGAGUGUCCCCAGACAUCUGAGUCAGACCCUCAAGUGAUGGAAAGGCCCCUUCAGACGGCUCCCAUGGCCCCCCAGACCUCGGACUUGAUGCCCCAAGAGUCAGAUCCUGCUGUAGAGACACAGGAGUCCCUGAAGAAGGCUGGCCAUGGAGCCCCUCUCCAGAACUCUGCCUCUGUGGCCCCACCUCAGGGUCCUGAGAUCAAAAUUCAGGCCCAGCUAUUGUUGGGAGGAGAGACUGGGGAGUCAGUGCCCAAGGCCCAGGGCCUAAGACAGGAGGUCCCUGAGAGCAAGCCCGGACCCACAAAACCCAGCCUCUAUGUGCAGUUGGAGGAGCAGGAGUCCCCAGGCAAGAGGCUGGACCUACCCAAGGAACAAAUGGAGGCCAGAAAGCAGGAACUGAGGCUGGAGGGGAUGAUCAGGGACCCAGCCCAGAAGCCGGAAAUGGCUCCUGAGGCCCAGGCAUUGGAGGGAUCAAUCCCAGGGGACAUCUUGACCAGUGGUUACCCAGAGCAGGAGGCUCUCAGAGAGGAGGUGGCUCUGCUGAGGAGAGAGGCUGAAGCCCUUCGAGCUGAGCUGGAGGUCCAGGCUUGGAGGCUGGAGGCCCGAGGAGCGGAGGCUGCUCGCCUGUAUGAGGAGCUGGCUCAGGCUCGGAGGGCAGAGGCUGAGGCCCACCGGGAGGCAGAGGCCCAGGUCCAGGAGCAGGCCCGACUGCGGGAGGCCGUGGAGGCAGCCAGGCAGGAGCUGGAGGCUGCAUCGCGGGAGCGGGAGGCACUGGCAGAGGCACUGGCGGCAACAGGCCGAGAGCGAAGGCAGUGGGAGCGCGAGGGACCCAGGCUCCGGGCCCGGGCUGAGGCCGCAGAGGAGCGGCUGCAAGUACUGGAGAGCGAGAGCCGCCAGCACGUAGAGGAGGCCGAGAGGGAGCGACGGGAGAGGCAGGCCCUCAAAGAGGAGCUAGAGAAGGCUGUGGUGCGGGGCCAGGAGCUGGGGGCCCGGCUGGAGCGUCUACAGAAUGAGUUGGAGCAGGCGACUCUGGAGCGCCAGGAAUUUCUGCGGGAGCAAGAGUUUCAGCACCAGAGGUACCAGAGCCUGGAGCAGCGGAUGACAACUGAGCUGCAGGCUAUGGCCACCAGCAAGGAGGAGGCGCUGAUGAAGCUCAAGACAAGGGCCCUGCAGCUAGAAGAGGAGCUGUUACAGCUGCGCCAGGGCCCUGUGGGGCUGGAGCCCAAGGAGCACACUGAGCCCAAGAUCAUGGAGGCCCAGGACGGGCGGCUCAUUGAGGUGGAGCGCAGUAAUGCAACACUGGUGGCUGAGAAGGCAGCUCUGCAAGGGCAGCUGCAGCUCUUGGAGGGGCAGCUGGGAAGCCUGCAGGGGCGUGCCCAGGAGCUGCUGCUGCAGAGUCAGCAGGCACAGGAGCACAGCAGUCGCCUGCAGGCCGAUAAGUCUGUGCUGGAGAUGCAGGGCCAGGAGCUGCACAGGAAGCUGGGGGUGUUGGAGGAGGAGGUGCGGGCAGCGCGUAGGUCCCAGGAGGAAACCCGCGGGCAGCAGCAGGCCCUGCUGCGGGACCAUGAGGCCCUGGCCCAGCUACAGCGGCGGCAGGAGGCUGAGCUAGAGGGGCUGCUGGCCCGGCACCGAGACCUCAAGGCCAACAUGCGGUCACUGGAGCUUGCCCACCGAGAGCUGCAGGGCCGGCACGAGCAGCUGCAGGCCCAGAAGGCCAACGUGGAGGCGCAGGAGUUGGCUCUCCUGGCAGAGCGUGAGCGCCUGAUGCAAGAUGGACAUCGGCAGCGGGACCUGGAGGAGGAGCUGCGGAGGCUACAGAGCGAGCACGACAGGGCUCAGAAGCUGCUGGCAGAGGUGUCCCGGGAGCGGGGUGAGCUGCAGGGUGAACGUGGGGAGCUGCGGGGCCGGCUGGCGCGACUGGAGCUGGAGCGGGCACAGCUGGAGAUGCAGAGCCAGCAGCUGCGCGAGUCCAACCAGCAGCUGGACCUGAGUGCCUGCCGGCUGACCACGCAGUGCGAGCUCUUGACAGAGCUGCGGAGCGCCCAGGAAGAGGAGAACCGGCAGCUGCUGGCCGAGGUGCAGGCCCUGAGCCGGGAGAACCGGGAGCUCCUGGAGCGCAGCCUCGAGAGCCGGGACCACCUGCACCGCGAGCAGCGAGAGUACCUGGACCAGCUCAACGCCCUGCGCCGUGAGAAGCAGAAGCUGGUGGAGAAGAUCAUGGACCAGUAUCGCGUGCUGGAGCCUGGGCCCCUGCCCCGGACCAAGAAGGGCAGCUGGCUGGCAGACAAGGUGAAGAGGCUGAUGCGACCCCGGCGGGAGGGGGGCCUCCAUGGGGGGCCACGCCUGUGGGCCGUUGGGGCUGGCAGCACCGAGAGCCUGGGGGGCCCCCCAGAGAUGGAGCUCUCCGAGGGCAGGGAGGCGGAUGGGACAGGGUCCCCUUCACCGGCACCCAUGCGCCGGGCCCAGAGCUCCCUCUCCCUGCGGGAUGAGACUCUGGCGGGCAGGCAGCGGCGGAAACUCAGCUCCAGAUUCCCAGUGGGGCGAAGCUCGGAGUCAUUCAGCCCCGGGGACACCCCCCGGCAGCGAUUCCGACAGCGCCGUCCGGGCCCCCUGGGUGCACCCAGCUCCCAUGGCAAAGGCCCUGGCGUGGGAUGGGACGGCUCCGUUGAGACCCUGGCGGAACAUGAAGCAGACACCAGCCACGAGGGCCUCGAGGUGCAGGAACCGGAGAAACAUCCUCUCUCCCCUUCCCUCAGCCAGUGACACCGCAAGGACUGGGAGUUUGGCAGUGCAGUCUUCUCGCCGCUGGAGUCCUAGUGGGGGCCCCAGGCAGCCCAAGAAUUUGGGGAGCCAGAGCCUCCGGGGCAGGUCCUUGGACAAGGAGGCCUGGGCCCCUGGGUCCUCCAUGGCCGGCACGGGGGCCCUGAGAUGGAGUAGGGAUAAGCAUGUGAGCAGGGGGGAUAGCGGGCCCCCACGAGCAGCUCCUUCCCAGGGCUCUGGCUUUGCCAUGCGGCCUUCGCUGAGGAGGAGGUUUCUGGGGGACCCCCCAGAUGAAGGAAGCAGGCGGGAGUGGACAAGAGAGCCCCCUACCCGAUCUAGGCGGGAGCUAAGGACCGUUGUCCAGGGACCUUGACCUGGGCCUAUGUCUGAGCCUUAGCUGGACAUGAGAAUAAAGCUGGGAAGUAAUCGCUUGA